UCGCCCCAAAUCUCCUUCUCUUGUGGUUUUCCAAUUUAAGUCUAGAUAAAAAGAAAAACAAAAUCUUAAGAAACAGAGAAAAUCCCUUUUGUGUCUGUGGAUUCUUUUCGCUCACUCCAAGCAUUUUCUCGAGAUCCAGAUCCAAAGCCAAAAUGACCAUGAGCAACGGCGAUUCCGAAUCAGCAACCUGCAAUGAGCCAUACGAGAAGAAACCUUUCAAGAUCUUCGUUGGUUACGAUCCACGAGAGGAUCUUGCUUACCAAGUCUGUUGUCAUUCGAUCACGAAGCGAUCUUCAAUCCCUGUAGAGAUCACACCGAUUGUUCAAUCAGAUCUCAGAAAGAAAGGUCUGUAUUGGAGAGAAAGAGGUCAGUUAGAAAGCACUGAGUUCUCUUUCUCUCGUUUCUUGACUCCGCACUUGUCUAAUUACCAAGGCUGGGCUAUGUUCGUCGACUGCGAUUUCCUCUACCUCGCGGACAUUAAGGAACUCGUUGAUUUGAUCGAUGACAAAUACGCGAUCAUGUGUGUUCAACAUGAUUACACUCCUAAAGAAACCACUAAGAUGGAUGGUGCUGUUCAAACCGUGUACCCGAGGAAAAACUGGUCCUCUAUGGUGCUUUACAAUUGCGGACACCCCAAGAACAAGACGUUGAACCCUGAGGCUGUAAACACUCAGACCGGUGCUUUCCUCCAUAGGUUUCAGUGGCUGGAGGACGAAGAGAUUGGUUCUGUUCCUUUUGUGUGGAACUUCCUUGAAGGUCACAACAGGGUUAUUGAGAACGAUCCAACCACGCAGCCUAAGGCCGUGCAUUAUACUCGGGGAGGGCCUUGGUUUGAUGCUUGGAAGAAUUGUGAGUUUGCUGAUCUCUGGCUCAAUGAGAUGGAAGAGUACAACAGAGAGAACAAGAAAGAAGUUGAUGCGGGGAAUUAGAAAGAAGGAAGAAGAUUAAAAAAAGGUAUGUUACUUACCAAAACAAAUAUUCCGUAAACAUGGAUUACAUAUAGUUUUUGGCUUUGUAGAGCCAGGGAACAUUAGUUCUUGUGGAGAGCUUUGGGUUUUCGUUUUAUUCUUCACAUUAAAUUCGUUUUAAUCGUUCGCAACACUAAUACCAAUAUCGAGGUCAUAUGGUAUAAUAAUAUAUUUACUUGUUUGUUGUGGCUUGUAUGUUCCUUUAAUGAUAUAUUUUAUUUGUAAUUGCUAUCAGAUGAAGUAACGUAUUUUGAUAAUGUGACUUA